UUUCUGCAUGGAAGGGGGUGACAGAAGAUUACUCAAGGUGGCCAGGACAGCUGGCCAACUCAUGUCUUCUGGAAAUAACAUACAGGUAUACAUAGAGUCCCCAGACCCUUGAUGCCCUUCUGGAGACAAAAAAGUAUAUACAGGAAUCCCAGAAGACCUCAUCCUGUCUCCACCACUUACUAUCAUAUCAGUCAAGGGACUUAUUCUCCCCGAGCCUCAAUUUCAUUCUCCAGAAACUGGGAUAAUAAACCUCUUUCCAGAGUUGUUGCAACAGUUUAUGGAGAUAAAUUCAUACAGUGGUCAAUAAAUGCUGAAUAAAUGAACGCGGGGUAACAAGAGCUGGGUAGUUGUGAAGAUUCAAUGAGAUAAUCAGCCAACAUGACUGAUAAAGUAGGCUUUCAGUAAAGAAGCUGGUGGUAAUUGGCCAGGACAGAUAGCUAGAAUUUUUUCCUUGGGGUAAGAAGAAUGCAUUUCACCAUUUUAAAGGUGAUGUGAUUAAAACAAACUAUGGAGCUAUUGUGUUUGGGUUCCAAUACUGACUGCUGCUUCUAGCUGUGUGAUCUUAGACAAAUUACUUUACUUUACCUGUCUGUGCCUCAGUUUCUUCACUGGUAAAACAUAUCGUAGUACCUACCUCAAGCCUGCCUGUGAGUUUUAACUAAAAAUUGCUAGAUGUAAAGCGCUUAGAACAGUUCCUGGCGUGUAAGGGCUAUAUUGAGCAUUAAGGUUCUCUUCUUCCGCCUUCCGCACCGCCCACAGCAGGGGCCACCACCUCCCAUCUUCAGGCCUUAAUCAGCUGGCGGCAGUCACCUCGGCCCUGAAAAGGACCAGGCAGGAGCGCGCAGGCGCAUUGAGGCAAAGUCUGGUGGGAAGCCCAAGCGGCCCGGCUGGCAGCCAUCUUGGUAAAGGGCAGCGUCGGCAGCUUCUCUACGUAAUCAGGCUGCGCGACCGGCCGGCGCCCGGCGGUCCAUGGCGUAGAGCGGGCAGCCGCGGCGGCUACGGGGACCAGCGUUUGAGGGGCGUGAUGGGGGAGGCGGCCGUGGCCGCGGGGCCUUGCCCGCUGCGCGAGGACAGCUUCACACGCUUCUCGUCUCAGAGCAAUGUGUAUGGGUUGGCGGGCGGCGCGGGCGGGCGCGGGGAGCUGCUGGCCGCCACCCUUAAAGGCAAGGUGCUAGGCUUCCGCUACCAAGACCUCCGACAGAAAAUCCGGCCCGUGGCCAAGGAGCUGCAGUUCAAUUACAUUCCCGUGGACGCAGAGAUUGUCUCCAUCGACACCUUCAACAAGUCACCCCCAAAGCAGGGCCUGGUGGUGGGGAUCACAUUCAUCAAGGAUUCAGGGGACAAGGGCAGCCCCUUCCUUAACAUCUACUGUGACUACGAGCCUGGUUCUGAGUACAACCUGGACUCCAUUGCCCAGAGCUGCCUGAACCUGGAGCUCCAGUUCACUCCUUUCCAACUGUGCCAUGCAGAGGUCCAGGUCGGGGAUCAACUGGAGACCGUGUUUCUCCUGAGUGGGAACGACCCGGCCAUUCAUCUCUACAAGGAGAACGAGGGGCUGCAUCAGUUUGAAGAACAGCCCGUGGAAAACCUCUUCCCAGAGCUCACGAACCUGACCAGUAGUGUCCUCUGGCUUGACGUGCACAACCUACCCGGCACGUCCCGGCGGCUAUCGGCUCUCGGCUGUCAGAGCGGUUAUGUCCGUGUCGCCCACGUGGACCAGCAGAGUCGAGAGGUUCUGCAGACUUGGACGGUCCUGCAGGACGGCCCCAUCUCCCGAGUGAUCGUGUUCAGCCUCUCGGCCCCCGAGGAGACCGAGGAGAGGCCGCAGCGGGAGGAGUACAGCGUGCUUGUGGCCAGCAUGUUGGAACCGGCGGUGGUGUGUCGGGACCUGCUGAACCGGGGCCUCGAGGACCAGCUUCUCCUGCCUGGCAGCGACCAGUUUGACAGCGUCCUCUGUGGCCUGGUCACCGACAUCGAUUUGGAUGGGCGGCCGGAGGUCCUGGUGGCCACCUACGGACAGGAGCUGCUCUGUUACAAGUACUGCAGCCCAGAGCGCGGGCUCCCCGGGGCCCAGCGUGGCUUCCGCUUGCUAUGGCAGCGGAGCUUCUCUAGCCCCCUGCUGGCCAUGGCGCACGUGGACCUGACCGGUGACGGGCUGCGUGAGCUUGCUGUGGUCUCCCUGAAGGGCGUGCACAUCCUGCAGCACAGCCUGAUCCAGGCCUCGGAGCUGGUUCUGACCCGGCUUCGGCACCAAGUGGAGCAGAGGAGACGUCGGCCACAGAGGCUGGGGGACAGGGUGGAUGCCGGGCCUGCCGAGACCCCGGCCUCCUGAGCACCGACCCGCUGCCCGUCCCAGGCCUGCCACAGUUCCUCGGGGUGCCCGCCUCCAGCUCGUCGUGGCGGGGGAAGCAUCCUGAAGGAGGCACUGGUCUCGACCCCACACACCCCAGGGUGGUGGAGCGGUGGGUCCUGCUCUGGCUCCGCCCCAGCGUGCCCUGUGACCCCCGCUGCCCUCUCUGUGCCUCAGUGUCCCCAUUUGAAAAUGGGGUGACCCCACCCCACCCCGCCUCUAUCCCCUUGAGACUCGGUCGGUGGUGAUUAUUUCUGUGUCCCGAGGAACCAAACU